AUGGAAGUUUAUGAAGGAGAGGAACAUGUAAACAAGAGAAAAGAGGAGAGGGCCAGGAACCGAGCCCCUGGGGGACACUGCCCCCAAUCUGCGGAAGAUGUUAACCGCAUGAACAAAGACCUAGGUUCUCUCAGCAUUGGUCCUCUCGGUGUAGAUUCUCUAGAUGUAGGUCCUCUAGGUGUAGGUCCUCUCAUCGUGGGUCCUCUAGGUGUAGGUCCUCUGGGUGUAGGUUCUCUAGGUGUAGGUCCUCUCAGCAUGGGUUCUCUAGGUGUAGGUCCUCUCAUCGUGGGUCCUCUAGGUGUAGGUCCUCUGGGUGUAGGUUCUCUAGGUGUAGGUCCUCUCAUCCUGGGUCCUCUAGGUGUAGGUUCUCUAGCUGUAGGUCCUCUAGGUGUAGGUCCUCUAGGUGUAGGUCCUCUCAUCCUGGGUCCUCUAGGUGUAGGUCCUCUCAUCGUGGGUCCUCUGGGUGUAGGUUCUCUAGGUGUAGGUCCUCUCAUCGUGGGUCCUCUAGGUGUAGGUCCUCGAGGGGAAGGUCCUCUCAGCAUGGGUUCUCUAGGUGUAGGUCCUCUGGGUGUAGGUUCUCUAGGUGUAGGUCCUCUCAUCGUGGUUCCUCUAGGUGUAGGUUCUCUAGGUGUAGGUCCUCUCAUCGUGGGUCCUCUAGGUGUAGGUCCUCGAGGGGAAGGUCCUCUCAUCGUGGUUCCUCUAGGUGUAGGUCCUCUGGGUGUAGGUUCUCUAGGUGUAGGUCCUCGAGGGGAAGGUCCUCUCAUCGUGGUUCCUCUAGGUGUAGGUUCUCUAGGUGUAGGUCCUCUCAUCGUGGGUUCUCUAGGUGUAGGUCCUCUGGGUGUAGGUUCUCUAGGUGUAGGUCCUCUCAUCGUGGUUCCUCUAGGUGUAGGUUCUCUAGGUGUAGGUCCUCUCAUCGUGGUUCCUCUAGGUGUAGGUCCUCUGGGUGUAGGUCCUCUGGGUGUAGGUCCUCUGGGUGUAGGUUCUCUAGGUGUAGGUCCUCUCAUCGUGGUUCCUCUAGGUGUAGGUUCUCUAGGUGUAGGUCCUCUCAUCGUGGUUCCUCUAGGUGUAGGUCCUCUGGGUGUAGGUUCUCUAGGUGUAGGUCCUCUCAGCAUGGGUCCUCUAAGUGUAGGUCCUCUCAUCGUGGGUCCUCUAGGUGUAGGUUCUCUAGGUGUAGGUCCUCUCAGCAUGGGUCCUCUGGGUGUAGGUCCUCUAGGUGUAGGUCCUCUCAUCGUGGGUCCUCUAGGUGUAGGUCCUCUGGGUGUAGGUCCUCUCAUCGUGGGUCCUCUAGGUGUAGGUCCUCUCAUCGUGGGUCCUCUAGGUGUAGGUCCUCUCAGCAUGGGUCCUCUAGGUGUAGAUUCUCUAGGUGUAGGUCCUCUGGGUGUAGGUCCUCUCAGCAUGGGUCCUCUAGGUGUAGGUCCUCUGGGUGUAGGCUAG